CAAGAAGGUUAUGAACACAGUAUUUCGAACCCUUAAACCCCAGUUUACAGAAAAGGAAUCGUACUCUGGGGCAUUUGUCAAUCAGACGCUUCUCGCAGUUAUAAGGGAUGUAACUUUGCAGUUACUUGAAGGGAUAGAUAAGAAGAGUAACAUAGAAGAAAAAUCCCCAGAGUCAAAAACUACUGCCAGUGCGGAGGAGAGAGGCUUGGAGACCCCAGCCUCCACCACCACCCCUUUUCAGUGAUGAAGAUGAUGAUGAUGAUUGGCUGUCUUGAUUUUAGGAUACUGUAAUAUAUAGUGGUACGAGAGUGAAAUGGAAUAAUUUUUUGUUAAUUCUUAGCUCAGUUUUGAGCCAUUGUGCUCAUUGUUUAAAGGAAUAUUACAUACUCAUUAUUAAAUGACCAGGCAUGUUGAGAAAUGUAAGAAAUAUAUAUUUGAGACUGAAUUAGCAGUAAAUACAACAAUGAGAAUGUUCAUUGCAAAACUGCCCAUCUAGUACUUGGAAUUAAUAUAAUUUAAUCUUCCUUUUUAAACUGCUGUGGGAAUUACAUUUUAUAUAUUUUAUCUUUAUUUGAUUAUUAAGAAUGGGAUUUAUCAAUUGCAGUACGUAUUCCACAAAUUGUAAAUAUGAAGUAAUGAAUACCAUGUUACACAUUUUAUUUUUAUCUUCAACUUUAACUUUCGUCAGAAUGACGAAAGUUUAAUUUCCUAGUGAAGAGUAAUGUCACAAAUUGCUUUGUAGACUUUACAUUAUGAGAAGCUAAUCUCCAAGUUUGUGGUUGAACUAAACAGUUAGUCAUCAUUAAGAACAUACAAACGUCAGGAACUGACAGUAUUUGAGUUAGUUAAUUUAUAGAGGUGAUCAAAUUAAAAUAUCAGUUGUGCCAGGUAUAUUGUGAAAUGAGUAGAAUAUCCAUUGUAACUUAUUGCCAUGUGUCAUAUUGGAAAUUUUGUAUGAAGUCAUUACUGCCGUGAUGGCAUGUCCUUAUAGAAAUUUGUGCAAUUUGUGGUUUAAUUGUGUGCCGAAAUGCAUUUUAGCUUAUUUUUUGCUCAUGUUUCAUAAGUCAUCAGGAAAUGGUUGUACAGCCACUCUCGUCUUUAUACAAGAACACCAUGCCUCAUGCUGCUGGUCAGACAAGAGGCCAAUGCCCGUCCCAAACCUUUGUCCUAGUCAAAACCACCCAUCUGCAGAUUUCUGUCCAGAUCCAAGAAUGUUGUGCCUCAUAUUACAUUUUCUCUGAAAAUAAAGAUCAGGUAGUGUAAAUUAUUUUGUCAGUGUAAUGUUAAAUACAACUAACUGAUGGAAAAGCUAGAUACUUGGAGCUAGAGUUACUUAACAUGUAUAUAUGUAAAUUGUGUUGCCCUUAAAUUCUGCCUAGUAAUGUUUUUUAAAUUUUGUUUUGUCUUUAGACUUGAUAGAUUAUGGUAACCUUUAAAGUUUUAUUUGAUUAUACUAUAAUGGCAGUCCCUGCUAAUCGGUGAUCUGGUUUUAUGGCACUUGUCUAGUGCCAACAAUCACUGAUUUUCGGUGACGAAAUGCGCUCAUUUUCAGUCAUCAGCACCGAUAAUAGAGUAUUGGUACUAAUACAUACCUAACAGAGGCCCCAUGAACUGGUUAUGGGCGCAGAUAAGUGCCAAUUUUCGGAUACCAGCAAUUUUCACUUAUCAUCAAGCCGUCGGAAUGGAAACCUGGUAAAAAACCAGGGACUGCCUGUAUAUGGUUUGUAAUUUGGAUGCAUGGGAAAGUAGUAUUGAUGACUUUAUAACAAGGUUAUAUUUUUUUAAUUCCCCCUACCAACGAAUGAGAGCAAGAAAUAAACAAAAUAUCUUUGUCUAACCCUAUGUUGAUUGAUGUCUUGGUUCACAAAAAAAAUAAGGAUGUUCAUGUGGACUACUGAAUUAUCAGUUAAAAAUCUUUUUGUCGUGCUACAGGGAAUUUGCUUACAACAUUGUUGGGACAAUUUAUAAGAAACACAUUAAAAACCUGGAACUAAUGUUUUAAUUAAAUAUUGACAAAAGAAUAAUCAGUGAAGAAAACCUGAAUCGUAAAAGAUUCCAAUAUAUUAUUACCCCUGUAUUGAGUCAUCACAGAAUUGUGUUAGUCCUUUCUAAAUUUCCUAAAAUGAUUUUAUGGUUUUUUCUUUGAGUUCAAAUUUUCCCAGCUGAAGCCAAGUUGGAGAUUAAUUUGAGGAUGGUAAGGCAGAAAAGAUUAAGUAUUACUGUGUUCUGAAUUCUUGUAAAGUAUGUUUAUUGAAUGGUAACAAUUCCACCCCUAAAAAUGUACAACUUUUCCUUGUCUUGUGUCCAGUUUGUAUUUUUUGAAAUGCUUUGAUUGUUACAGUUGACUGCAAUUAGUAAUAUGGGGAGGCUGGUGGAAAGUAGCUUUUGGUGAACAUGAAAUUCCGACUUGGUAAUGUAUUUUUAUUUCCUUAUCUGUUCUACUCACUUGUAAAGCUUUAAUGCUCUUGAUGCAUGUACUUACACUACAAUGACAUUUGCAGAUUUCUCAUAGGUAAGGGUACUGUGGGUGGAUAUAUAUGCAUAAGGAGACAAAAAUAUUUGGUUCUUGGACUUGCAUUCUGAAAGUUAUAAACUUUGUAAGGCUUUUUGUAAGCAAUUUAUUGUAAUAAGUGAUUUUCAAGGUGCCUAAAAUAAUAGGGGAAGAGUUUGUUAUACUAUAACAUUGUGUGGACAGAAUUGACUUAAUUGUUGCCCUUGUUGUUUUUAUGUAAUGCCAAUAAGGCCUGUUAAGUGGUACGUAGGAUGAUCUGUUGUUGUAUAAUACACGUUAGAAUAUUUCCAGCUCAAAGUAGUACCAGCCCUCUUGUAUCAUGAGGUGUAAUCAAAAUGAUUUCUUAUGACUGCAUUGCAUUUGUGCUUUUGUAGUUUAUUUUAACUUUGUUACUGGAGUUACUGGAUUUAGACUGGAUUUAGAGAUUACACUCUGCCUGUGUUAUGUUAUAAAUAUAUAAUCUUACUUUCAUCUUAAUAGUUAAUGAGAGUUGGAACUGAGAUUACUAAAUUGAUUCUAAAUAUUGCAGAAACUGCUGAAAUUUCAUUGUACUGAAGAGAAAUUGUAAUAUGAAUUAGACAUUCUUAUAUCUAAAUGACAGGAUUCUGGCUAAGUAACAUAUAUCAUUGUAUUGUAUUAUUUACAAGAUAAAAAUUAUGGUAAUUCUUAUUUUCAGUUAAAAAACUUUUUAUCUUCAAAAAUUUUAUGAUUGUCUGCAAGAACUUUAUUUGUCAUAUAUCAAAGAAUGUUAUUGGUGUUCUAUACAGAAAAAUUAUGUAUGUAGUACAACCUAUUUUGGACAUUACGUACUGGGAGACUAUGAAAUGUUGGUUCAUACAUAUUACCCAAAGUAUUAUAAUAAAAUGAGUACCCUGUUGAUCAUUUGCAUGACCAUUUGAAUGGAUUAUCCACAUAUCAAAUGCAUAUACAUGAAUUAUCCUAGAAGAUUGUGGUUUAAUUUGAUGUACAGAAAUAGAGGUAACUGUUGCCAAAGUUUUUGAUUCUGCAUAGAUGUAUUAUAGUUUAUGAAGUUAGUCAUCAUCCAUAAGAAAAAAUGUUGUACAGGUACAAGUCUUCCAAUGAGCUCAGACCAAAACUGAAAAAUAUGUCCAUGUGUAGAAAUAAAGACAUUGGUAAAAAAAACUAUAUGCUUUAACUUGUAAAUAAAGAGCAGGUCCACAUACCAACACUAUUAAUUUCAGUAUCUUGAUGUGAGUAUUCUGUGUACAGAUUUCAAAUACAGAUAUGUACGUACUAUUGAAUGCCUAUAUCAUGAAGUCCAAAAUAAUUUUGUAUUGUUAGAAAUUUUUGACAGUCAGUAGUGUGAUAUAGUAGAUUAAAAAUAUUCAUCUCGUUCAUAGAAGGAUAAAAAGCAUCUCAAUUGUCCAACAUGCAAUGUAUGUGUAAAUCUGUCUCAGAUUUAGAAAACACUGUUUUGAAGAAUAUGUGAUUUAACAGGAACAGUUUUUGUAAAAGUCUACUCGACAAAUAAACCUUUUCUUUGCUAAACACUGAUAACGCAUAAAAGAAGAGUGUUGAAUUCUUAAAUGAAAUACUUGGGCAGUUUCCAGUAGCUGUGAAAAAUUUCACAUAUACAGUAGUAUUCAGCAGCUGUGAAAGCAUUCAUCCUUCUGUGGUAUCCAACAGUGAAGGUUUGAGUGGUAAGCAGCGGCAGUGAAGGUGCUCUGGCUUGGCUCUAAUGGGAUCCAUCAUCAAUCAGUAAAGGGACUUGUCUGUGGGUGCUUUGCUCAGGUAGUGUCCAGCAGUACUGGAGUUCAAGCAUUGGCUCAUGUGACAUCCAGCAGCAAUCAAGGUGCCCAGUCAUUAUGUAAUAUCUAGCAGUAGUGAAGGUGCUUUAGCUUAGAUGUCCAACAGCAUUGAAACUGUUCAGGCUUAAUUGAUUACCAGCCGCAGGGAGGAAGUUCUAGCUUUUGUGAUAUCCAGCAGCAUUGGAAGUGCUUUGGCUGGGAAAAACCUUAUCUCAAGUAAUGUCCAAUAGCAGUGAUUGAGCUUUAGCUUUGGAGUUGUCCAAGAGCAGUGAAGGAUAUUCAGGAGACAAUGAAGGUACUUAGGCUUGGGCAACAUCCAGCAGCAGUGUUAGAGCUUUAUCUUGGGAAACAUCCAUCAGCAUUGAAGGUACUAAAGUGCAUGGUCUAUGGCAGCAUUAAAUAGCAGUGAAGGUGUUUGGUUCUCUUGCUAUUUUGGAACAGUGAAGGAGAUCUGUCCGUUGCACCAUCUAGCAGCAAUGAAGAUUUUCUGUUACAGUUCUCAUCCAGCAACAAUGAAAGUUCAGCAGUAUUGAAGAAGCUGACACAGGGUUGGCUUUCAGCAGCAUCAAGAUGCUUGGACAGUGUCCAGUAUCAGAGAAGGAACUUGGGGAAUAUCCGGCAUCAGAGAAUUAAUCUGGACAGCAUUAUGCAUCAGAACGAAUUGGGGAAGCAUCCAACCUCAGUCGAGUUCAGCACGGUUGUAGGAUUAGUGUGUGUGUGAAAGAGCUUGGUUGUAAGCUGAAUCCAACAAGAGUGAAAGAGCUUGUGCAGAUAUUAGCAGCAGUGGAGUAACUCAGAUGACAUCCAGCAUCGAUGAACAAACUUGGCCCAGGCAAAAUAAGGAUCUUAGCAGGAGCUAGAUUAUAGCUCGGGUCUUGCAAUGCCCAUCAGCUGUGAGGGAGCUUGAUCCUAGGCUUUCCAAUAGCAGUAAAGGGGCUAGGGCAACAUCCAGCAUAAAUUUUGUGGCAUCAGUAGCAAUGGACAAUUUUUUGCCAUCAGUAGCAAUGGAUCUUUGGUCUAGGAAUACCCAGCAGCAGUGAAAGAGCUUAGUGCUAGGUGUUGUCAACAUCAGUGAAACAGUUAGGGCUCGGGAACAUCCAGCAGCAGUGAAGGAGCUUGGUUCCAGGCAGCAUCCUGGAACAGUGAAGACAUUCCACCUCAGGUAUCAUCCAGCAGUAAAGAAAAAUUUCCAUAGCAGUGAUGAUGCCUACUAGGUUAAGCUUUCACAGUGAAAAUGCUUGGGGAGCCUGCCACAUUGGAGAAGUAACUUUGGAAGCAUCUAGCAUUAGAGGAUGAAAUUGAGCAGCAUCCAGCAGUGGUGAAGGAGCUGGAGUUUGGGUGACAGGGGAAGUAUGGAAAUGGUGAAGAGCUUCACCAUAGGUAGUGUGGACCAUCUAUGAAGAGCUUAGCCAUGGGUGUUAAAUAGCUUGAAGACUAGGUUGCAAGUAGUGUUAAGCAACAGUGAUGUAGUUCUGGCUUUAUAAUGUUCAAUACCAGUGAGCUCUGUUGCUAUUGAUCAGCACUGAAUGAAUCAUUGCUCUUGGUUAGGCAGAUUCCAGUAACAAUAAAGUAGCUCGACCUCGUGGAUGGAUGUCAUUUUGCAUGAGUGUUGGAGCCCAGGCAUUGCUCAGCAGUAGUAGAUCAGCUUUGUCUCAGACAGGAAGCACCAGUAGUUGUGAGGAGCUUUGGCUUAGUUGAUGUCUUGUAAUAGCAGCAGCAGCAAUUAUGGAAUUUGGGUGGCUUCUGGCUUCAGUUGCAGCAGCAAUUAUGGAAUUUGGGUGGCUUCUGGCUUCAGUUGCAGCAGCAAUUAUGGAAUUUGGGUGGCUUCUGGCUUUAGUUGCAGCAGUAAUUAUGGAAUUUGGGUGGCUUCUGGCUUCAGUUGCAGCAGUAAUUAUGGAAUUUGGGUGGCUUCUGGCUUCAGUUGCAGCAGCAAUUAUGGAAUUUGGGUGGCUUCUGGCUUCAGUUGCAGCAGCAAAUAUAGAAUUUGGGUGGCUUCUGGCUUCAGUUGCAGCAGCAAAUAUAGAAUUUGGGUGGCUUCUGGCUUCAGUUGCAGCAGCAACUUAGGAUCUCAAUUCUUCACUUGAAUGAAUCUACGAGACAGAAUCUUCCAUUUAUUGAACCAUUUCCUGAGGCUAAUAGCUGAUUAGAAGUUUUAAGGUUUCCUCUCUCCUGUGAGCCACUUUGUAUUGUUGGGAGAGUAUGAGGUAUAGGCUUGCUUCUCUUUCUUCUAUUUUUGUUUUUGCUAUGUGGUUGAUGUAUAUUUCAUUGCAAGUUGCAGUGCAGAAAUGUAAACAUCUUUUAAUAAAUUAUGGAAAAAUCAUAACCUUAAAAACAAAACAAAAAACAA